GUACUACACCGAACCUUAAAACACAUGGAAAGAAGUGUGCAAUGAUGGCUACCUAUGUUAUUGGCAGCAGUUUCAGUCUCAUUUUACUUGGCAACUGUAUUAUGUCAAAGAAGUGGAAAAAAUGUUUAACAAGAAGGCUGCUGAGUGGUUGUGGAGAAAUCUAGCUCGUGCCCGAGAGAAGAGAAAGAGACCAUAAUGGAUUAGGCACAAUGUUUGGGAGCGGUUGCUAUUGAUUUGGAAUGAUGCAAAAUAUAGGAAAUAAUGUUAUAAGAAUAAAAAGAGACGGCAGUAGAAAAAUGAGGGAUCUACGAUAAUUUAUCAUGGUGGUUCCAUCUUUAUGAUUGAACAUAGAGAUAGACUAGAAGCCAAAUUGGGCCACAAGGUAUCCAUAGUGGAGGAUUUUAAAGAAGUUUAUCAAAAGGAUGAUGGGAGUUGGAAUGAGCAAGGGGCCCAAUUAGCACAUGAGAAAUUUGCCAAAGCUCGCCAAGACAUAUUGGCUCAAGAAGGCCAAGGGGUAGAAAUUGAUGAUAAUAAACUAUGGUGGGACAUAUUUGGGGUAUCAAAAAAUCGAUGUUAUGGCAUGGGUGGUAACCUUGUUGAGAAGAUAGCUUCUGAUUAUUCUCAUUUGCAAUCUCAAUGGUGUACUUCAAGAACUCAGCAAUUUGUUCCUUCUAUACCACCAGAGGUUAUUAGUAAGCUAGAAAUUUUAAAGAAAGCAUACGAGGAGCAGAAGCAGCAGAUCCAAUACAUCUUUUCUCUAUUAGAAUCUCGAGGUAUUCAGGUAAACUUUGAGAUAACUCCUCGUACUUCUCAUGCUGCUGCUAGGACUGGGGAGUCUGCUUCCCAUGCCCCUCACACUUCAGAGGAUGUUGAACAGCCCCAGCCUGUCGAUGAAAUUGCAACAAAGUGAAUGUGAUGCUUUGAAUUAUUACAUUAGAUACUUUUAUAACUUUCGAUUGUUAUAUUAGAUGUUUAGACUAUUACAU